AUGUUCGCCGCCCGACACGUCCGCGCGCUACGCCGCCACCCGCUCCAGCGGCACUCGCGAUGGCAGAGCGCUUUGGUCCACGAAACCGCCUCGUCGAUCCCCACGCCAGCGAUGCGCAAAUUGGCCUUCCAAGACACACUGGAGACGGCGCGGGAACGCGCACUGGCAGGCGGCGGCGCCGAACGCGUGGCGAGACAGCACGCGAAGGGGAAACUCACGGCCCGCGAGCGCAUUGAGCUGCUGGUGGACGAGGGCACUUUCCGCGAGUACGACAUGCUCAAGUCGCAUCGGUGCGCCGACUUUAACAUGGAGAAGCAGCACUAUCCUGGAGACGGCGUUGUGACUGGCCGCGGACUCAUUAACGGUCGACUCACGUUCGUCUUUAGUCAAGACUUUACCGUCUUUGGCGGCAGUCUGUCCGAGACGUAUGCGGAGAAGAUUGUCAAGAUCAUGAACAAGGCCAUGGAACUAGGCGCGCCACUCAUUGGACUGAAUGACUCUGGUGGAGCUCGGAUCCAGGAAGGCGUGGCAUCGCUCGCAGGCUAUGCCGACAUUUUCCAGCUGAAUGUACUGGCGUCGGGUGUCGUCCCGCAGCUGACAAUGGUCAUGGGGCCAUGUGCUGGCGGAGCUGUGUACUCGCCUGCGAUGACGGACUUCAUCUUCAUGUGCCGGGACUCGUCGUACAUGUUUGUAACGGGCCCAGAGGUGGUCAAGACGGUGACGAACGAAGAGGUGACGCAAGAAGAGCUGGGGGGCGCUGCGACGCACACCAAGACGUCUGGCGUUGCGCACUGUGCGUUUGACAACGACGUCGAGGCGAUUCGUGAGAUGCGCCGCUUUUUCGACUUCUUGCCGCUCAACAACAAAGAGAAGCCGCCGGUGCGCAAGUCAGACGACGACCGUCACCGUCCGGUGCCCACGCUCGAAAGCAUUGUGCCUCCUGACCCGAACGUGCCGUACAACAUGAAGGACAUUAUCCACCAGGUCGUGGAUUCGUUCGACUUUUUCGAGAUCAUGCCCGACUACGCAAAGAACAUCAUUGUUGGUUUUGGUCGUAUGGAAGGCCGUGUCGUGGGCAUCCUGGCGAAUCAGCCCAUGGAGCUUGCUGGCUGUCUGGACAUUAACUCGUCCGUCAAGGGUGCGCGUUUCGUACGUUUCUGCGACGCGUUCAACAUUCCCAUCGUAACGCUGGUCGACGUUCCGGGUUUUCUACCGGGUGUGGACCAAGAGUACGGUGGGAUCAUUCGGCAUGGCGCAAAGCUACUGUACGCCUACGCCGAGGCGACGGUACCCAAGAUCACCAUCAUUACGCGCAAGGCAUACGGUGGCGCGUACGACGUCAUGAGCUCAAAGCAUCUUCGGGGCGACAUCAACUAUGCGUGGCCGUCAGCUGAGGUUGCCGUGAUGGGAGCCAAGGGCGCAGUGGAGAUUAUUUUCCGCGGGCAGAACGUCGAGGAGAACACUGCGGACUACGAGGAAAAGUUUGCCAAUCCUAUGGUUGCAGCCCAGCGUGGAUUCGUGGACGACAUUAUCGAGCCUGUCCACACGCGCCGUCACAUCUGCGAAGACCUGGACAUGCUGGCGACGAAAGACGUCAAGAACCCAUGGAAAAAGCACGGCAACAUUCCGCUGUAG